CCCGAGGUCCCGGGCACAUGGCGGUCAUCGUCCUCUCCAUGCUGGAACUACCGCGUGCACAAUUCUGAAGGCCAAGUAUACCUGGGCAGGUAGUCAAGGGUUCAAUCGAGCUGUCUCUGUCUCUCUCCGCCUUUCUCUUGCGAUUGUAGGCGUUGUACGGAAAGGGCAAUCCCCAGCACAGCGGGCCAAUCACCUCGGGGCUGCAGCUUGUGCUACCAGCAGUCACGCCAAGCCCAAAAACACUGGGCAUCUCGCAGCAGCAUCUACACAACCCAAGGCAUCAUCACCGCGGCUUCGCAUACUGCGGCCGGCAGUCCUCCCGCCAUGUCGGCUACUCAGAAUGAGUCCUGGAGAGACGAGGAGGGGGCCUCGACGACGGAAGCAACACCUCUCCUUCGCUCAACCGCUACCUCGCGCCCAGUCAGCAGCCGGUCGUCAGUCCCGGACAAUGGCCAAGGCGGACUCGACAAGGACCUUGAUGUUCCAAACCAGAUCGUCAGCAGGGGCCGAGCUGUGGCCAUCAUCCUCAGCGUCUACCUUUUGAUAUUCCUUCAAGCCUCAAACGCGAGUGGUAUGACCAUGGCUCAGUCUCGCAUCGCAGGAGAUCUUGAUGCAUACGAGAACGCCAUGUGGAUGACGACCAUCUACCUCGUCUCCUUUUCUAGCUGCGCCCCAGUCAUGGGUCGAUUGUCCUCCAUCUUCUCUCCACGAACAAUGGUAGUGGCUUCCGCUGUUCUGAUCGCCAUUGGCCAGGCGAUAGCAUCCCAGGCUCCCACGCUGACCGUGUUCCUGGUUGGUCGGAUGAUCACCGGCGUCGGCGGCAGCGCCGUCAUGGUGGUUCCUUUUAUCCUCGUACUCGAGCUUGUAAGCAAGAGAAGACGUGGCAUCUUCAUGGGCCUCAUCAAUGCAGGUUUCACAACUGGCAUCAGUCUUGGUGCCGUGGUCUACGGAGCGCUCAUUGAUCAUCCAGGCUGGCGCUUCUUGUUCGGUAUACAGGUGCCGUUGGCUCUGAUCGCAGGGGCCGGCGUCUUUCUCAGUAUUCCAAGCACUUUUGAGUCUGGUGGAGCGAAGGGCUCCAAGGACGCAACUGUGGUCGACAAGCUGCGCCGGAUCGACUACGCUGGCGCACUGCUCCUGACCUCCUCAAUUGUAACAUUCCUCUACGGCCUCUCCGGGACUGUUCAGUGGCUACCGCUGGUCAUCUCCGCGAUAAUUCUCAUCUGUUUCCUUGCUGUCGAGAAGUUUGUGGCCCGAGACCCGUUGAUCCCACUCUCGCUCCUGCAGAACCGCGGCGCCCUGCUCUCAUGCUUUGCCCAGCUCGGACUCAUGGCUUCGCGCUGGACCAUUCUCUUUUAUGCGCCCGUCACUGCCCUCGCUGUCCGAGGCUUCGCCCCGGCGGCAAGUGGGAGCAUGCUCAUCCCCACGAACCUGGGCUUCGGUUUGGGCGGACUCAUCGUGGGCUGGCUGCACGUGAAGCGCGCGGGGUCAUUCUACACCCCGUCGCUCGUGUCAGUGCUCCUCUUUGGCGCAACGAUUUUCAGCAUGGGGUACGUAUCCGACCCUCGCGUCCCGAUGGGCGUGUACAUACUGCUGCUCUUCCUCAACGGUCUGUUCACGGGCGCCGCGCUCAACUACACCCUCGCGCACAUCCUCCACCUCACGCCGCCGGACGCGCACUACAUGUCGACCAGCCUGCUCAGCACGUUCCGCGGGUUCGCGGGCAGUUUUGGCACCGCGAUUGGCGGGGGGAUCUUUAUCCGGACGCUGCGCGAGAGUCUGGAGCACGGGUUCCGGCAUCUGCCUCAUGAUUCUCCAGGCGGUGGUGGUAACAGCAGGGCCGAGCUCAUCAAGAAGCUCAUCGGCGGCCCUGCCCUCGUGUUCCACGGGCCGGAGGGCUUACUGAGCCCCGAGGAGAGACAGGUCGCUGUGCACGGAUAUGUGGAUGCACUGAGGGUGCUGUUCCAUGCGGCGUUUGUGCUCACGAUAGGCGUCCUCGUCUUGCAGGCCGGGACGGGCUGGAAGGCACCGCUAGACGGGGAGGCUGGGGAGGAAGAGGUGCGGGAGGAGGUGUUUAGAGAAGUUGUUGAGCAUGAUGGAGAGCGGGAUCUCGAGGUGUAGGUUGGUCUCUGUGUGAAGGAACAUCAGCGGUCCACCCUGAGAUCUCCAGAAUGUUUGCUACGGCGUGCGCGCACGACCACUGGCCACACGAGUGGUGCGCAAUGUCGUCGCCGUUAGAACAGGAAUGUUCUUUGGAAGCUGGAGAGUCCUGUUGUGGCGGAAAAGAAAUCACCAUGUCGCCUUUCACGUGGCGUGGGGGCAGUUUUCAUC